AUGAACAUCAACAACUUCGCUCUCCGACUUCAGCACUUGCACCAUUCCCUCAUUACAGGUCAGGCUCCUUGCGCUUCACAUUGCAAUCGUCCUCACCGCAUGAGAAUACCGCGCGACUGGACAGCCUGCAUCACGAUCAACAACCACACCGACCUAAUCGUCAACUCCGCAUCCUUCAACAUGAUUCCAGUCACUGCAACUGGGACUCCCGAUGGCGGCUUCAUCUUUACAGUCAACAGCGUUACUCCUGCCGCGCAGGACGUCGCACCCUUCACCAGCACAUUGCCAUGCCACAUCCUGAGGCUGCCUUUCGAGAUCAACGCGCUCGUCUGCACCUAUCUCACACCAGACGUCCGUGUCAAAGUGCAGAAGAAGUCUCACGCCUAUCACGGAGAAGCGUACUCGAUCGACGUGAUCAACAAGGACCAGUGGAGCGACUUCUUCAACUACUCGAUCACCUGCACAGGGAUCCACGACAAGAACGCGGGCGCGAUCAACUCAGCGCACAAGGCUCACGAGCUCGCUCUCAUCAUGGACAUGGAGGAUCACACCGGUGAUCCGACUCUCCCUCUGCAAGUUUGCCCACGUUGUCCGCGAACAUCGGAAGGCCUGAUUCCAUUCCUGAACAAGUUCACGCGUUUGGAAGUCAGCACCGCCAUCACCAUGGCCAAGACGCAGGAUACUUCUGACAACCCAGAGGACGACGUCAUCGUGAAGCGCACCAAAGUCCUCAUCGAUCUGACCGCUUCUCGCGACGAUCUCGCACCUCACCCAGCAGACAUCAGUAACAUUCUCUCCAUCAUCAACAUCACCCUCUACGACACCACACACGCCAACGAUGCUGCAACCUUCCGCGAGGCGCAAGAGCACAUCGAGCAUGUCAUCCGCAAUCCCCUCCACAUCCACAAUCCCUACCAGUACCAGACGAAUAUCCGACUUCCUUUUCUCACCAACAUCUCUGGCGAAGGUCUCUACGAACUUGGACGCCUGGUUGCUGUGCAUGCAGAACAGGAGACCACGUUGCACCUUUCCCACAUCCACGAUAAGAACGAUCUGGUAAUCUGUACCCACGAGGACUCCAUGAGGUGGCUGCGUAUCAUCGCACGCUUCGACGACUUCUAG